AUGAACGGCAAGAUGAUAACAGUGGAAGACGUAGACCCUAGCUGCACUGUGCGGCAGCUGAAGCAGCAGCUGCAGCAGCGCGAGGGUUUGGCUCCGGAGCAGCAGCGGCUGAUAGUCAAUGGACAGCAAAUGCGGGACGAAGACAAACUUUCCGAUUACAAUUUAAAC